UUUCUAAUUACAACGCGAUUAAUGAAUUUUCUUUAGCAACAAGUACCUUUGACAUGUCUUCAGCUGUGUGGAUAGUGAUAUUCAUUUACAAAGAACAUGGUCCCGACUAUUGUCACAAUCCACCAGGUAAUAUAUUUCACUUGAGAUUCAAUACAGAAAUGUUGGUCCGUUGUGGGACAGAAAGUAUUUUACGAGAAUGGUAUUCGAUUGAUACAAAUCAAAUCGAGAUGAUGGAUGUAGCAACUUGGAGCUUAAAGAAAGGAAUUACUAAAAUGGUACCAAAUUUUCUUUACGAAAGGAGACAUAAUUUACAGGGUUUAAUCAUGAAAGCUGUUAUAGUUAAGACUUCAAUCUUCUCAAGUAUAAACAAGGAUGGUGAAUUAGUUGGUAUAUUCGGUAGAAUAUUGAGAGAACUUUGUGUCACUCUAAAUUUUAGUUUCGACGUUGUCUCACAAGUGAAAGCAUAUGGACGAUGGAAUUCAAAAGAAAAGACUUGGUCUGGAGCAAUUGCAGAAUUAUAUUAUGGACGUGCUGACAUUUCUCUUUCAGACUUUUCUAUGACUAAUGAAAGAUUAAAUGUCGUUGACUUUACGAUUCCUCUUAUGACCUCGAAAAAUAUUCUCGUUAUUCGAGAACCAGAAAAUUUAACGGUUCAAUGGUCGUCUCACUUUUUAACUUUUACUUUUUCUGUUUGGAUUGCUGUGUUCGGAGUAUUAGUUGCUUCAUCAAUCUUCCUAGUCUUACUCAAAAUUAAAAGUGGAUCCGAUAACAAAAUAGGAUAUUUACUGAUCGAUAAUUUAUUGGAAAUUUGGGGUAUAUUUUGCCAACAGGGACUCCCUGAUUUUUCUCCUAAAUCUUCGUUACGAAUAGUAUACUUUUCUUUAUGUCUUUCGAUUAUUGUAUUUUGGGCCGCCUAUUCAGCUGCUUUAAUAAGCUUUUUGACAUCUGUAAAUCACGUUUCACCAUUUGAUUCAUUAGAGGGCUUCGUUGCAGACGGUACUUAUCAACUUGCAGUUGUUCAUGGUACGGCUUAUUAUGAUAAGUUUGCAAAUUCGAGAGAUCCACUUGCAAAGGAGGUAAUGAAAUUGAUGUUAGAAGAGGAAAAGUUGCCCCGUACUGAAACAGAAGGAUUUAAGAGAAUUUGUAAAAAUCGGAGAUUAGCAAUGUACACGUAUGACGAAAUUAAAAAAAGAGUAAAUUAUACAAUUCUGUGUAAAUUGAUUCGCAUUGACGCUGGGCAUGUAAACAAUUUUGCUUUAAUUUUAUCUAAGAACAAUCCAUUUACUGAUGUCAUCAAUUUUCAGUUGCGGAAAUUUAUGGAUAAGGGUGUGAUGAGUCGCUUAAAAGAUACAUCAUUUAAAAGGAAAUCCAAUAAUAUGAUUCAGCAUCAACCGGUUUCUCUAAUCAGCGUAAUAUCGCUUAUUUUUUUUUUAUCAAUUGGUAUCGUCUUGAGUACUUGUAUUCUUAUCAUAGAAAAGUAUAUUUUCAUUUAUAAAAGGAAGAAAAUAUCGACCGUACAUAAUAUUUCGUCGAUUAAAUGGUCAGGAUUUUCUGUAAAAAGAAAGAAAAAUUUAAUAUUACAAAACAUUACGUGAAUCAUGAAUGUGAACGCUUAAAUUAUUCAAAAUAACGGCAAUGUACGUUCUCAAAGAAUUUUUAUAUUGAGAUUAUAAUUUUAAUAGUAAUUUAAAGAAUAGAAU